AUGCCUCCGAAACUUACCCCAACACACUUCCUCUGCAUACCCCUCGCUGGGGCGCAGCUAGCCACGGCUCUUGCGGCGUUCCGGGCCGAUGUAACCAGCGCCAUGAGCUUCGGUCUGCCGGACGAUGCAGUUCGGCCUCUGGGGACACUGCACUUGACGCUGGGGGUCAUGGCCCUGAAGAGGGACGGCACGAGGUUGGCCAAGGCUGCAAAUACAUCUCCCUCUGCAUUGGCCUUAUCAGGCGGCAGCAAUGUCGGUAGCGAGUCGCCGAGAUCUGACGGCCUGACCCUGACCAUGCGAGGGCUUCAUUCAAUCCAACCGCCAGCAAAGGCAGCUGUCUUAUACGCAUCUCCCUCGGAGCCAGAGGGCAUCUUAUAUGAUUUCUGCAAACGGCUGCAGAGACCAUUCCAAGAAGCUGGGCUGAUGAUUGAUGAGAACCGCCCGCUGUUGCUUCACGCCACCAUCAUCAACACCAUAUAUGUCAAGAGCAAUAGUGGCAGCGGAGGAAGAGGGAAGAGACGGGAAAGGCUGACAAUUGAUGCCCGCAGUCUCUUGAGUAGGUACGACGACUAUCUCUGGGCCGACAAGAUGCCCAUCACUCGUGUGGCGCUGUGCAGGAUGGGCGCCAAACCCAUUCCAGGGACAGACGACGCGGCAUACGAAGUCGAGGCGGAGGUUGCGUUUUGA